AUGGUGGAGGAUCUAAUUCGCAAGGCUGGAGCCAUUCGAAAUCAUGCACAGGUGGUGGGAUCUACUUUCAUCACAUUUGAAAAUAAUAUAUCUAACAUAAUAAUUGUCUCAGGAUCCGGAGGAGGGUCCGGAUAUUAUGCUUAUACGGAUGGAACUGUCGAAUCUUUUGGUGGUUAUGGAGGACUAAUAGCCGGAAAUGGAGCUGGUUCUGGUUUUGGAACAGGAGCCACAAUAAGUUCUGCCGGAAAUGGAGGAUUUUACCCAGGGACAUCUGCAUCUUUGUCAUGCUUGGCAGAAAAUGGUGAAAAGCUGACAGGUGGAAAUUCAUGUUCAACUUCAGAAGCAUCUGCAGGUGGGGGUGGAUCAGGAUAUUUUGGCGGUGGUGGCGGUGCUGAUUUAGGAGGAGGUGGUGGAGGAAGUAGCUUUGCAAGUGACAUCCUUGAAAAUAUAAAAUAUUUGAAUGGAAAUGAAAAUAUGACUGAGCCCAUUGGAACAACAAACAUUGGCCAUGUUGGAAAUGGCUUUGUCAUUAUUGAGCAUUUUUUGUUUUGCUCUUUUGGAAUUAAUAAAUGCAUUUUUAAUUUAAAUUCUAUUUUGUUAUUUAUCUUUGUUUUGGUCUAA